AUGCAGAUGCGCAAGCUAGUCGCAUUCGCUUCGCGCAAACUAAGGCUCACGCCGCAGAAGCGAGCGGAGGCGAUCGAGCGGCUGGGGGUUUACCUCGUCUACCACCGUUCGCCCGGCGGGGCAUUGGACGGGCAAGACCCAGUGAGCGAUGUCGACUUCGGUGGGGAGGAAGUGACUGCAGACGCCGGUCCGACUAGCGCGACAGCUGUGUCGCCCUGCUUAAAGCGCCGGCGGCUAGACCAGAAGACCCCUCCCACGAGGUUCGUGCCCACAAACGCGCUGGCGGUGGUCCCUGAGAAAACGGAGCCAACGCACUUGAGCCGCAGCCUGCAAGUGGACAUCUUCUGCGUGAACUUCGGGACUCGAGCCCGCAAGCCAGAGUGGCUGGUGCCCCUCGCAAUUGAGGGCAUCGCCACCACGGAGCGGCCGUGCCUGCGUGCACUCUGUGGGAACGAGAAGGGUAACGUCUACUUCGCCUCGAAGCUUUUGUCCGACAGUUUGGCAGCAAUGCUAGUGUUGCAGGCAUCAGCUUUUCCGCGCAACCUUGCAGUCACUCUGGUGGAAGACGUCUACAGCGGUGAGGACGCAACCACAGACGGUGCGUCGGACAUUGGCUGGCGGGAGGCUGUACGCUUGAACUUGCUCGGCAUUUCUUCGGACAGGAAGCACCUGCUUUACUCGCCAGUGCAGUUUCGAGGCUUCUUCCGGCUUCCCCCUUACGGGAAGGUUCUCAUCGGUGCCAUCACCCAUGUCUCGAACUCCGACUACCAGGAGAUCGCCAACGACUUCAUCCGCCUCGGCUUCCUUCGCCCCGGCACCGACGUCUCGGAGAUCGUCCCAGCCAUGGAGACGAUCUGGGCCGACUCCAUGGGCAAGUCCAUCCGGGACUUCAAUUUUCGCACAGUCACGGCACGUUUUUCGAAGCUUGUCUAUCAGUUCCCUAUCCGAAUUCCGGAGAGGUUUUCGCUGGUCUUUCGCUCCUUGCUGAUGCAAGAGGGCAUCUGUCUGUGCCUGAACCCAGACUUCAGCAUUCUGGAGGUUGCGCUGCCUUAUGCCUCAAAGAGGCUGCUGAGCAAUCCCAACCCCAGCCUCAGGCGGGAGCUCCUGAGCAUCGUCUUCCGGGAAGGGCCCGGGGGCCGGCCGGUGCUUCAGUGGGAUCGAGUCACAAACUUGGUCUCCUUGGCGAAGCAGGCCCGGGAUGGCACGUCGAUUCAGCUUAAUGAGGUGAUCGUCGACUUCUUUCGUGGGCUGCGGCGCGAUGUUCUGUCUGGUGACGCGGCAGGCUUCGCUCCCUCGCAGGUGCUCCGCAGUGGAUUGGAGGCGCUCGUGGCUGGAGAUCGGCUCCGUCUAAGGGACGUUCUGGAGUUGGUGGAGCUCCUCAGCCCGGACCUCACGCCCGACCUCGCCCGCGAGGUGGCGGAUGCCCUGAUACGGGACUCAGUCGAGGACGUCUUCCGGGAGCGCGGCGUGCGGCUGCGCCUCGACGACCUGAGGGACCCGCGGAGAAUUACCGAGGUUCUCCGGCAGCCUCAGGAGAUACUGAAGCUGCUGCCUGUGGGGCCCGGGGCGGGCGCGGUGUAA